CUGACGCUCGAUCGACUCAUUUUCACAUCAAUCAUGCAUGCAUUAUCGUUCAUAUGACCUGCAUGCAUUUUCGCUUCCUCCUCCAUCCUCCCGCGGCGCAGCCACUCCUCUGUCUCCUAUCCCUUCCGCCGCCGCUCGUCGCAGCUCCGCCUCCCCGCCUGGCAGCGGCCAGAGAAGGGCCUCCCCGCCUCACCUCCUCUUCCUCUCUUCCCGAGGGUGCUUGCCGGAGGGAUCGCGCGGCGGCUCUAUGGCAGAGACGGCAGCGGCAGCAGAGUCGGAUAGCGGGAGCGAGGUGGGCCCAACCGGGGACUCGGCGGAGUUCGCUUCGCCGGUGAAGGCGAGGAAGAGGGCGCCGGAGUCGGAGGCCGGCACCUCGGCGACGACGGCGUCCGAGUCCUCGGAGACGAGGGUCGACGAUGGCAACAUCCAGGAGGCCGAGUCCUCGCUCCGCGAGGGCCUCUCCCUCAACUACGAGAACAAAACAGUGGGGACAAAGUUGAUAAUAGCGACAAUGCAAAGAAGGAAGGGGAAGGAAUCGGGGAAAGCUUGUGAAGAGAAGGCCCCUGAGAACACUGAUGCCAAGGAAGAGAACUCAGAUGAUGCUGAGGAGUUGAAAGUGUCAGAUGCACAAGGGAGCGGGCUGCUCUCGGUGCUCGACCGGAUGCUCACCGACAAGGAGUACCGUUGCGUGUGCGCCCAGGUGCAGCGCAAGGGCGUGGAGGCGGAGGGGUACGCCGUCGAGGGGAUCUCGGUGGGCGGGCACAAGACCUGCAUCACAGUGCCGUCCCUCAACGUCGCAUUCGACAUCGGCCGUGGCCCACUCUUCGCCGUGCGCCAUGACCACCUCUUCAUCACGCACGCCCACCUCGACCACAUCGUUCAUGCAAUUCAGGAGCAAUGCUGGUGCUAAGAACGCUGGCAAUGCAAAGAAAAAAAGGCAGUAAUUCAUCUAUCGUCUAAGAUGACCAUGGGCGCAUGGCAAGCCACAUUUUUCUUCCAUGCAUUCAGCUCAGUUUCUACUUCUGUAGAAUUCAUGUUUUCUAAUUAAAUUUGCAUGCAUCUUAUAAACAUGCUGCUUGCUGAUGGCUGAGCACUAUUUAUGCACUUUUAAGUUGCUGCUAGAUAACUUAUAUUUAUGCCCUCCUGAUCCAAGCUGUUUUAAAAAGCUUUCUGAUGCUGUGU